GUGAGGUGUCGUAUUUCCCAUGCAGCUUUGAACGCAGCACACUUUUCCUCGGGAAAAGUUUAAUUAGAAAGGUGAAAAGGUAAUAAAAGACAAGAAUUCUGAGCUUUUCCACAGUCAAAGUUUGGAACAUCGACAAUUUAGUAUUAUUAUGCAAAUGAAAUGUUAUAAGAAAGUUUUAUUUUACCUUUAAAAACUUUGAGGAGCUCGGUAAGUUCCGCGGUGGGUUUAACUGCUUUGUUUUUCGAACAAUUAGUCACAAAAAAAAAACAGAAAAUGUCGCAGCCUGAACAGAAAGAAACAGCAGAGAAACCAGAACUAAACUCAGAACCAGAACAAAAAACCGUGUCGGUGAAUCCCAGAGCGGUUUGUAACGUGUGUAAACGCUUGUACCGCGACCCCAAAAUCCUCCCCUGCCUGCACACUUUCUGCUCAGACUGUAUCGGUCAGCUGGAGCCCUUCUGCGGUUCUCCACGUAGCUGCCGCCUUGACGGCGACGGCAAGAGCGGUGAGGCGGCGGAUGCGAACCGAGCCGCCAUCGCGGUACUUUGUCCGGACUGCGACUCCGAGGUGGACAUCCCUCAGUCCGGACCGGCAGGGCUGAGUACCGACCACCUGGCCCUUGACGAAGUUUUCCUGGAGACUCUGGUCACAGACGGCUCGCUGGGAUGCGACCUGUGCGGCGAGGGAGAUGCGGAAAGCCGGUGCGAGGUGUGCUGCGUCAACCUGUGUGAGUUCUGCUGCCAAGCGCACAGGCGGCAGAAGCGAACAGCGUCUCACUCAGUUCAGGCUCUGGAGGACCUGAAGGCUCGCGGUCGUCUCUGCCGUCCCGUCCUCUGCCCCCUCCACCCCGGCCAGGAGCUCAGGCUCUUCUGUCAGCCAUGCGACCUCCCUGUGUGUUUGGAAUGCGCUGCCACAUUGCACCGUGACCACUACUGCUGUCCCACACACGAUGUCAUUGAUCGUCAUGGUGACCGCAUCCGAGAGCUGGUCAACGCAUGUCUGCGACCUCGCUUGGAGCGGCUGGAGGAGUUGCUGCAGAAGGUGGAAACUUCUCAAGAGACUUUGCAGGUACGAGUGGACACAACAGCCAAUGAGAUCAGGGUGUUUGCAAGAGGCUAUGCCAGCGCUGUGGAGGCCCACUGUCUUUCUCUGCUCCGUCGCCUGGAGGAGCUGCGGGUCCAACGCAGGAACCACCUCCACCUGCAGAGGGCGCAGCUGCAGCAGGCCCUGCUGGACGUCCGAGGCAGUGUGGAGUUUGCAGAGCGUCUGCUGAGCUGCGGGUCUGAGGCUGAAAUCCUCAGCACCAAAGGGGUGACCCUGAGAAGACUCACCAGCCUGGUAGAGAGCAGUUAUGACCCCCACCCAGCAACAGUUGCCCCAGACGAUGGUAGCAGUAUUUGUUUUUUGCCAAGGGAACCCGCAGGACAGGUGGAGGGUUACCCUGUGGUUGGGGUGGUCAACUCUAAGGUGGUGGACGUCAGCAGGUGCACCAUAGAGGGAGAAGGUUUGCAUCAGGGCCAAGAGGGCCAGCGGAGCCACUUCACCCUGGUGUGCCGAGACUCAGCCGGAGAGCAGAUGGCUCGAGGUGGAGAGCACGUCCUCGUCAGCAUCGUCCACAAAGAGAAGAAAAGCUGCAAGGUGGAGACAACAGUAGAUGACAACACUGACGGGACUUACCGUGUUUCUUACACACCCGAGGAGCCCGGCGCUUAUUCUGUGUGGGUUUGUGUCAAAGCCCAACAUGUCAAGGGUUCUCCUUUUAUUCUGGAUGUUCAGAGAAAGUUCAGGCAUCACAGCGGGAAGUUUCACUGCUGCUCCUUCUGCUCCAGUGGAGGAGCUAAAGAAGCUCGCUGUGGCUGUCCAGGAACCAUGCCAGGGGGAUUUAAAGGCUGCGGUCACGGACAUAAGGGACAUCCCAGGAAGCCUCAUUGGUCCUGCUGUGGCAGCACCGUGGAGAAGUCAGAGUGUUUGCCUACAAGCGUGUUGGCUGCAGUUUCCCCUCGCAGCCACCUGCGAACUGUGGAGCUCUGAUGUGACGCAGAGACAAGUCGUGUCAAGAUGAUUAAAGUCCAUGAAGGAUGGCAGCAACCGAAAGGUUAGGGCAGCAGGGAGGUAAGCUUCAGGCUGUUAGUGUGAAUCUUGGGCAGACUUUUAAAGGUCAGACAAGGGAAAAGACUCUCGACACAUCGAGUGAGGCAGGACAUCAAAGUCGCUGUGUGUUGUUCACUUCUGCCAAACAUGCUGGUAGCUGUUGGCCUUAUAGUGGUCCAGCUAACAGCUUAGAAAGGAGAAAAGCACAAAUCAACUGCAGUGGAAAAAAAGCAAAAAAAAAAAACACCUCUGUUACUGAGGGAAGACAUCAACCUGCUGUUAAUCUAUCAGGUGCUACAAUCUGAACUAGCAAAAAUGACACGAGUACUUUUUUACAGUUUAAAU